AUGAAGGUUACUGUUAAGCAGUGGCACGCUGUUGCAUAUUGGCGAUGGGAUACGGGUGCGCCAGGCGAUCAAGAUGCUAAUGCGGACGAGGACGCCGAGGAGGAUGUUUGUGGUAUCUGCCGCGUCUCGUUCGAGGGAUGCUGUCCGACAUGCAAGAUGCCCGGGGAUGACUGUCCUUUGAUUUGGGGACAGUGUACCCAUGUAUUCCAUAUGCAUUGUUUACUGAAGUGGUUGAACACCGCCAGUAGCAAGCAACAGUGUCCAAUGGAUCGCAGGCCUUGGAUUACCGCCGAACGCAAAGUCGAUCGUUGAAUUGACACAAUCCGGCAAUCUUACACCGCAUAAAUGCAAUUCGUCCGAACUUGCCUUCACAGCUCCCAAAGUCGAUGAUCAGCACAUUCCUUAUAACAUCCCUUGUCUUGGCAUUGAAGAGCUAUUCGGUCCCCUACCCCUAGCAAACACUUUAGGGGUAAGGGGGAAACGAGGAGGCCAGCACAUGUUACCAUUUCGGGCGGAACACCGAGAAAGGACCGGGGUCCGCCAUGAAUGUGUACAGAGGGCUAGGCCUUUUCUUCUUCCUCCUAUCGUGGUACCUUCUGUUGUUCUGCCCGGUCCCUCAUCUCUUCUGGUAUUCUGGGCUUCCUCGACAAAUCUGUUGCAUUGGCUGGCUCUGAGGGACAAAAAAAGAUUCGAGCACACGACCUUAUUGGCCUGUGCGCCGACGUACUGCUUCUAAUGGACUGGUCUAGACGCUAGAGUAAAACUUAAAUACAAU